UAUGCUUAUCAGAUAAUAUGUAUCAUAUAAUACCGCUCGGUUUAAUCAACGACACAGUGAUUAUUCUCGCUCAAUUUGUUUCAAAGAAGAAAGUUGGGCAGUUUUCGAAAUGAAGUGCUCCUUCACCCUCAUAUUAGUGAUCUUUUGUUUAGGCCUGGGAAAUGGCUUGGAAUGUCCCGAUGCUGAAGGAAAAAAUGUUGAAUGUACUAAAGAUAACAGUUAUAUUGAUGGUAUUCCAGAAGAUGACCUCAGUGAUGAUUACAUCUGCAUUUCAGUGACAGUAGACGAGUCCAUUAUUCCAACGACUAGUCCUACUGCUUCAACCACCUCUGCUCCAACUACUGCGGAUACGACUACAACACACACAACCACCUCUGCUCCAACUACUGCAGAUACGACUACAACACACACAACCACCUCUGCUCCAACUACUGCAGAUACGACUACAACACACACAACCACCUCUGCUCCAACUACUGCAGAUACGACUACAACACACACAACCACCUCUGCUCCAACUACUGCAGAUACGACUACAACACACACAACCACCUCUGCUCCAACUACUGCAGAUACGACUACAACACACACAACCACCUCUGCUCCAACUACUGCAGAUACGACUACAACACACACAACCACCUCUGCUCCAACUACUGCAGAUACGACUACAACACACACAACCACCUCUGCUCCAACUACUGCAGAUACGACUACAACACACACAACCACCUCUGCUCCAACUACUGCAGAUACGACUACAACACACACAACCACCUCUGCUCCAACUACUGCAGAUACGACUACAACACACACAACCACCUCUGCUCCAACUACUGCAGAUACGACUACAACACACACAACCACCUCUGCUCCAACUACUGCAGAUACGACUACAACACACACAACCACCUCUGCUCCAACUACUGCAGAUACGACUACAACACACACAACCACCUCUGCUCCAACUACUGCAGAAACGACUAAAACACACUCAACCACCUCUGCUUCAACUACUGCAGAAACGACUAAAACACACUCAACCACCUCUGCUUCAAAUAAAGAAGGAACAACUACAGUUCCAGGCAACCAAACCCCCUCUAAAAACGAUGGUGAUUCGGACGAUAUCCAGGUAUUUAGAAUACGGCGAGAUGUCACCUUGAGACAAAUUUUGCAAGGCCAAUUGUAUAAGGAUAUAAACAUCUCGCAAUGUGCACGAAAGCUCAAAAAAGGGGACCUCUGUGAUGAACUCAAGAAAAAAUACCCAACCGGAAUGAUAAAAGAUUGCAAAACAAAUGGUUCCUUCCGAAUAUCUUCUAAUUUGGCGAUUUUGACUGCAGUCUUGAUUUUCCUCUCAUCGACAUUCGUUUUCAACGUUUAGUGAAAUAAGUAUAUCUAUCACGGUUCCCUUACAAGACUGCAUGUUGUCCUAAGUAUAUCACCGAAUCAUUCAGAGAAAUUUAAAGGAAGUUUAUGCAGCAAUUUUUCAUUUACCCUCUAUUAAAUCCACGUUUUUGUAAACAUUAGUAUUAGUUCGUAAAUUUUUUUUAAGUAUUAUUUAUUAGUCUUGUGUGAAAAUGAACACCGACUGAGAUUUUGAAUAAAUGAUUUUUGUUA